GAAUUACCUGAUGGUUGGGAUUUACAAUUAGAUAAAUUUCGUCGUCUACUAUUAAUUCGUUCAAUAACACCAGCACGUUUUGUUAAAUCAGCCAAUGAUUAUAUUAUUGAUUCAUUAGGAACAAAAUAUGGUGAAGGUGUUGUACUUGAUAUGGAAAAAAAUGUGGGAUGA